CGUUGCUGUGCGGCCAUCGGAAAAGGGCCAUAUCGAGAGCGCGCACAGACACAGAAUUACAUCUCGCUUUUGCCGAGACGUAAAAACGCAUUCGUCACGUCAUCGCGGAUACUGCCUUGCCUCAUACAAAGCAACGCGUUGGGCAUUUGGACACAAGUUGAGAAAGAAAGCUUGAAAAGAAGGAUAUUCCUUUUGUUUGCCUCCUAGGAAGGAUUAUCUUUUCUUUAAUUCCGUGGAUCUCAGUGUGUGUGUGUGUGUGUGCAAUUGAAAAUCUUUGCAAACGGGCAAAGAUCUGUGAUCAAUUAUAGCGCGUUCAUUCUUCCACUGGUGUUUGCUGUUUUCUGCUCUGCCGCUCCGGUGCCUAUCUCUGCUGUGUUCCUCUCCUAGUGUCCUAGUGUGUAAAGUAAUUCGUGUAUAUAGAGCUGUUUGUGUGCGUGUGAAUUUGUGCGUGUGCUUCUUGAGCAACGAUAGCGGGUCGUCGUGUGUGGCGCAGCGGCGGUGACGUUCCGAGUGUCAGCUACUGUUGUGUGUGUGUUUCCGUGCUUAAAACCCCGGAAGGACACUCUUAGGAAUAUUCCCCGGUACAGCCAGCAAAAUCAAGUGUGGUAAAAUUCCAUCAUCAGUACCACCAACACCACCACCAUCACGAAACCAAAUCCAACCUUCGCGCGCAGGAAGGAACUCUGGAUUUGAUCGAAUUCCAUCCGUCCGUACGAAAAUUGGACACUCUGUCUAUGAUGGCUCUAAACAUUGCUGUGCCGAUGUCGGGCGUAGGUGACCUCCUGGAAGGAUUCGGACUGCUUUCGCCGAUUUCUCCCGUGAGCAUCGACUUUCGCAGCAGCAUCAAGAACCCGCUGUCACCAGUUGGUAGCGAAUCCAGCGGCGUAAGUUCGUUGGAUUUGGAAGAUAUCAAGAAACAAAUGCCUUCAUCGCCCACGUUACUCGACGACAACGAGGAAGAAGGAUCUUCAUCGUCCGGCCGUCCGGAAAAGUCCUCUUCCAACUCGUCGUCCCUGUCCGCCGGCUCGACCAUAUCGACGACCUCCUCCAGAACCUGUUCCACCUCUUCCUCUUCCUCCUCUUCAUCGUCGUCGUCUACGGCUUCCGAUGACGAAACGAACCAAUUGGACGAAAAAUUACCCGAAAAUGCAAAUGAGAACGACGGCUGCGGUGGUGGCGAUGCUGGUGCCUCGAUACUGUCUGCCUCUCCAACAGCUUCACCAGGAGCAGCGUGUGGAAAGGAAUCGGACGAGCCGCCUACUUCUGCCCCCAUCGAUGACGCGGACGCAUUGCUAGCAAAGUCGUCCGAGCUGCUGAGCCUAACGAAGGAGGAGCCCCUCGACCAGCUGCUGUUCCUGUCCCCGAAGCCGACGAAGGAGCCCAUCUACAGCUUGCCGCGCCAGUCCAUCUACUACAACAACCGCGACAUUCUCGACCUCGGGAGCAAUCUGCGGGCGCAGGGCGGUGGUGGUGGCGGUGGGCUAUCCGGUGAAUUCGCAUUCCAGUAUGCCGUACUGCCGGAUACGAACAACAUUCAGUUCUUUCUGCAAAAUCGCUCCCAGUACCAUCGGCUCGGCCCGAACGGCCACGUGCAGGAGUUCCGCAUGGCCACGUGCGCGUGCUGCGACUUCAAGUAUCCGGUCAACACGGUCGGAGCGAACGCCACGGCCGCUCCGGUGAACCAGAGCUGUGCCACCCUGAACCUGUCCAAUCUGAACGCCAACCAGAUCUACGGCAAUCUGCAGCAGCAGCAGCAGCAGCAGCAACAGCAGCAAAUACAGCUGCAACAACAGCAGCGGCUGCGAUGCAUGCAGUAUCAACAGCAGCAAUACAACUACCGUGCCAGUGCCGGCGUUGGUAACAGUAACAACAGUAUGGGUCGCGAUUACAACAUGUACCAGUCUGGCAAUGGUGGUGGUGCUGCUGCAGCAGGAGGUGUAGUUCCGUCGUCUUCGCGCUUCAACAAUGGCAUCUACGGAUCGGGAGCAGUGGCCGGUGCAUCCUCGCCGAAUGCACAGGGAGGAGGCGGCAUGGCGGCUGGCGGUAGCUCUGCCGGCAACGGCGGCUUCUUCAACAACAACGCUUUGAUGGGUCGCGAUCAGUUCAAUCCAAUGGUCUCCAUGACGAUGCAGUACAACAACCACAACAACAGCGGUGCUAAUCCCAAAGGAAUCUCGCAAUCGAACGGUGGCGCCUCUUCGCUAUCGUCUGCCGCUGCACUGCGCCAACAGCAGCAGUACGAGUUGUCCCAGCAGCAAAAGCAGCAGUACGUAAAUAACUACUCGCUGGGUGCCGGCGCUAACGCUGCCAACAAUACAGCCUCUAGUGCCGCCGUCCGCCUCCAACAGCAGCAGCAGCAGCAGUCGCAACAGUCGAGCCAUUACUACAAGAAAAAUCAAUCCAUGCGCUAUGGAGGACCAACGGGCCUGAAUGCGAACAUGAUGUCCAGUGGACCGGCCGGUUCCUCCAACUGGAAAAACUCGAUGACCAAUAACGCGAUCCAGGAUACUGCUGCGAAGCUGUUUAUGGAACUGAACAAAAUGCAACAACAGCAGCAGCAGCAGCAGCAACAGUCCCCCUACUACGUACCUUUCCUGUAAAGAGAUUGUCUCUGUGUAAUGCAAACGCGCGCAGGCAAGCAAAAGACAACACAAAAAACGACACAGUUUUAAAGUGUGUUUGUGGAAACGAUGAGAAUAAGAACUCAAGCGAAACUCACACAAAAACACGCUGAUAAAAAUUAGCCUCAAACAAUAAUGGACCAACAAAGCAAAAGAAAAACGCAAACGAAAAAUGCAUUGGAAAAUGUGCGAAAAGAAAAGACCAAGACACACGCGGCAGCAGCAACAUCAUGAUUAUCGUCAUCAUCAUCUCGCCAUCGUUACCAAAGUUGCCAAAGCAAACAAACCCGAUUGUUUUUUUUUAUUAACCUUCUUUAUCUAGUUGUAAUCACACUUCCAUCUAUCUCACACGAAGAUGAUCAGUAUCUCUUGUCUUGCGUAAUUAUAAAGGAAUAAUUUAAUACGAUGGAACACAAACACACACAGGCAGAGAUUUAUGUGAAGCCAGCUCAAAUUUCCAAUGCUCUCCCUGCAAAGCAACAUAUGCAUAUGCUGAUGGAAAAAAACAAACACGUUGUUAUUACAUGUCCAUCGAAGCGCCUUCCUGUUAACAAACAAAUGGUGGGUAACUGUAUUACAAAUUACGUUUUCCAGCGAAAUACGUAACACGAACAAUGACAUUCUAUACAACACCUUUACUAUUAAAAGUAAAUUUUUACUGCUACUCUAAAGAAGAAGACGAAGAAGAAAAAGAAGGUUUCGACAACGUUUACCCAAUAUUAUUGUAUUGCUUCCGAAGAAGUGAUAAGGUUACGAAUUAUCGCAGUUACGAUCCUGUAAGGAUCAGGCACAGAGAGGCAGAGAGAGAGAGAGAGUGCUCUAGCAUUUUUAAAUCCAUCACCGCUGGCAGCAGCAUAAGGCAGCAGCAGCAUAAUGCGAAAACCAGAUAGCUUGCGAAGCUAAUUUUCGCGCUCACCAGUGCAAAAAAAAAAAACCCGUACAUAUGUAAUACAAGAAGAAACCCACCAGUACCAUCGAUCUUUAGCAUAAUGUGCACGAUAUUACGCCGUCUUUUGAAAAAAUGCGAAAAAAAGGAUGUGAUAUUUGAGAGGAGAUAGAGAUGGAGAGAGAGAGGGAUCAACGGGAGAAAUUAAAAAAAGGAAAAAAAACAACAUACCGAACAACUACAAUGACACAGUCGUCCCUCCUUUCGCACUCUCUCUCUCUCAUUGUAUAGCUUGUUGGGAAUAACUUGCCACCAGUCGGAAUCCAACAAGAAAAGAAAACACGGAUUUAGAUGCUUAACCCCGAUAGCGUGCGCGCGCGUUCGCGCUUGAGUGUUUGACACUCCUGUAUACCAAAUUCUCAUCACCUACACACGUCUUCACACCUUGUUUCGGACACAAUUCCGGUAAAGCGUUCCAGUAGUAAUAUUCGUGCAUUACCUACCACCAGCAUACGCGCACCGUUGUUACACACGUACCAACAAUAACAAACCUUCUCCAAUCGUUUGCUGUCGGCGAGAACGAUCACCGCACGGGUGUGUAUAUCGUACCGAAGCAGCCUUUGACUUCAAUGGACAGUAGCAGGCACCUACCUUUUCGGCUAUAAAGUAUUCAAAGUCUUCAAAGAAUCAGCGAUACAAACACACAAGCGCGCGUGCACGUAAUUUGGUAUGUUUUAUAAAACCUGAAACCACAAACCAUCCCCUACGAAGAUCAAAUCAAUGGGUAGAGCUAGUGCUAUACGAAAAAAGAACACCGUUACGAAAUCACACAGUGAUUCCCCUCGGAUGGAUGGAACGAGAUAAAAAGUAUUGGCGAUAUUACUA